AUGCCGUCUUCGAGGAUGUUGUUCUCGAUUUCCUUGGGCCUUUAUCAGGCGAAUGUAUACUACGCAAAGAAGAAGCGGAGAGCGCAGCAGUACCUGGGCGACGACGGGUCGCACAAGAAGGAGCGCAAGCUAUACAACGACGGGUACGACGACGACAACCACGACUACAUCAUCAAGCAGGGCGAGAAGUUCCUCGACCGGUACGAGAUCUCCUCGCCGAUCGGCAAGGGCUCCUUCGGACAGGUUGUGAAAGCGUACGACCACGAGGAGCAAUGUCAAGUAGCGAUAAAAAUUAUUAAGAAUAAGAAACCCUUCCUAAACCAGGCACAAAUAGAAGUGAAGUUACUAGAAAUGAUGAACAGGGCGGACGCCGAAAACAAGUAUUAUAUAGUGAAACUGAAGCGCCACUUCAUGUGGCGGAACCACCUGUGCCUCGUGUUCGAGCUGCUCUCGUACAACCUGUACGACCUGCUGCGCAACACCAACUUCCGCGGCGUCUCGCUCAACCUCACGCGCAAGUUCGCGCAGCAGCUCUGCACCGCGCUAUUGUUCCUUAGUCAACCUGAACUUAAUAUAAUUCACUGUGAUCUUAAACCCGAGAACAUCCUGCUCUGCAAUCCAAAGAGGUCGGCCAUCAAGAUUGUGGACUUCGGCAGCUCGUGUCAACUAGGUCAAAGGAUAUACCAGUACAUCCAGUCGAGGUUCUACCGGUCGCCGGAGGUGCUGCUCGGUAUACCCUACGACCUGGCGAUCGACAUGUGGUCCCUCGGCUGCAUAUUGGUCGAGAUGCACACGGGCGAGCCGCUCUUCAGCGGAGCCAACGAGCUGGACCAGAUGAACAAGAUCGUGGAGGUGUUGGGCAUGCCUCCGGAUCACUUGUUGGAUCAGGCACACAAAACUAGAAAGUUCUUCGACAAAUUACCGGCUUCCGAGGGAGGCGGUUAUGUUCUGAAGAAAGUAGCGAGUAAAGAUGGUGGCUACAGGAAGUAUCGGGCAGCGGGCACGAGACGGUUACACGACAUUCUCGGCGUGGAGGGCGGAGGCCCGGCCGCUCGCCGCCGGGGCGAGCCCGGACACUCUGUCUCCGACUACCUCAAGUUCAAGGACCUCAUCCUGCGCAUGCUCGAAUACGACCCGAAGCAACGGGUGACGCCGUACUACGCGUUACAACACAACUUCUUCAAGCGAACGGCCGACGAGUCGACGAACACGCAGCAGGCACAGGCGCACCACCAACACGUGGGCGGUGCGAGACUAUGGGGCGGCGCCGAGCGGAUGGAGGUCGAGAACGUUCGACGCGAGGACGACAUGCUACAGCCCGUCUGCCAACUCCAGCACAGUCCGGUCGCCAUACACUAG